AUGUCUCGUAAUCGGGUCGAUGGAGUAGAUGGAGUCGAUGUAAAAGUUCCGUUCGGGCCACCGCCAGCGGCGGUUCUACCGCCGCGAGCGCACCCAGGUCAUCCGGCCUUCUACCCGCAACCGAUCCUCUACUGGGGCUACCCGAGUCCACCGGUAUCGCCGACGACGUACUACGGAACGCCGGCGACAGCAGCGGCCCCUCCACCACACCACCACCACCACCACCACCUGGCACCGAGCCUGCCCCCGCAUCAUCACCACCAACCGGCGCUGCUUCCGAUGUCGUCAACGGAUAACCACCUGCAGCCGCCGCCACCGGUACCAACCCAGGCCAGUUCCGUGGCUGGUUCCUCAUCCGGUCGAGAAUCGCAGCAAUCGUCCACCCCGCAGCCCCAGUCUCCGCUAUCGCCCAUCCCGCCCGCCUUUCCCCAACCGACGACGGCCACCUCAUCGCCGCCCCUUCUAACCGCCAUCCCGGCGUCCACCUUGACGAUUCCGAUUCCCAGCACCCACCUGCCAGCUUACUCCACGACGCCCCUGUCGCCGAUUGCGCACCAACCUCACCACGCCCACCACCACCACCACCCGCGCCAUCAACACCACCACCUUCAGGGGAGCCAUUUUGGACAGCACCAGCAGGGAAGCCUGCUCCCACCGCCACCGCCGCCCACCUACGAGCACCACAUCCACGAUAAGCUGGUCACCUCCCCGGGAAGCAUCCUGGCCGCGGCCGCACCCUCGCUCAUCCCAAAUCAGUACGUCGAGUUGUUCAUCGUUUAG